GUAAUAUACUAGCUACGGAUUGGCAAAAUUCUGUAUCUUCUUUAUCGGACGACCUCUUCGCAUGUUGUACCAUCAUACUAGUUUGUCUUUGUACUUACCAGAAAUCUACUUCAUUUGACAACGCUGACAAACAAAACGACGCUAAGCAAUGGAAGAAAAAAGAAGAUAACACUGGGAUCACCCUUCUGGCGAUCUGGAUCACCCUUCUGGCGAUGUAGUCCUAUGGAAUGAUCUUCGCGGUUGAUAGCCUUGUUAAUUUUUUAAUCUCCUGGUUGGUUAGGCCCUUCUCCAGUAUGUUCAUUUUUCGAUGAGCAGGC